GAAGCAUCCAUGCCUCAGCAGAUCGGGAAUGUUCCCUCGUCGAGUCGAGACGUCGCCUCUCUCUCAACCUCGAUGCGAGUCGUGACUACCUCCGCCUCUCUCACCCCCGAUGCAAGCGACCGCCCCCGCCUUCCUUCCUCGACGCAACAUCGUCCUCUCCUACUCCAGUGACGAAGUGCACGGUCAAAAGCGCCUUCACAGAACUCACCAUCGAGAAAAAACUCAUGUCGAGCAAGACUGUGCGUGCGGGACACGACAAUCCAGAGGCCAACUACACCAAUGGACCACAGGGAAGAAUGGUUAUGGCUUCUAUUCAAAGUCUGUGUUGAGGAGCAAAAGUUUAGGACUUUGUUUGAAGCCUUAUGUUCAACUAAUGAUGCUGAGUGCAGCAAAGGUGAUGAAUAUAAUGCUAAGCAUGCACUUCUUUUGGGUACACUCAAAGAAGCUACUGUCUCUGACAGUUUUGCACUUGAUGUUUUUGGUGUACACAAGCAUGCUGCUGAGACUGUAGAUUUUACUCACCGAGGUAGCUCUCCUCUUCCAACUGGAUGCCCUGCAAUCGAUGUCCUUGGAUAUUCACUGCAGCUCCUGAGGGACAUAUAUGCUUGGGAAUUCCCUUCAUCAGAGAUUCAAAUUCCUGUUGACUCACUAUUGCAGACUGGCCUUGUAAAAUGCCUUUUGAAAUACCUAGGUGAGCUUGAGCCCCCAAGUACAAUCAGAAAAUCAAUGGCAAAAGGACAAGGCGAUAACCAAUCGGCACUUGAAAAUGGAAAGGUCUGUCCAUACAAUGGUUACAGGAGAGAUUUAGUUGCUAUCAUUGCUAAUUGCUUGAACGGAAGUAAGAAGGUGCAGAAUGAGAUUAGGCAGCUAAAUGGGAUUGUGUUACUGCUGCAGCAGUGUGUCAUUGAUGAAGAAAGCCCGUAUUUGAGGGAGUGGGGUCUGCUAGCUGUGAAGAAUUUGUUUGAAGGAAAUGUGGAAAAUCAGAAGGAGGUAUCUGAACUUGAGAUGCAGGAACCUGUUAUUACUCCAGAGAUUGCUAACAUAGGUCUAAAGGUGGAGAUAGACAAGGAAACGGGACGUCCAAAAUUGGUCAAUACUCCCUGAUUUAAGUAUAUCUGAUCUCAAAUAAAUUUGGAUUGGAUGCUUAAAGAUAAUUGCAUCUAUAUGUGCCCACAUUUUGUGUGAUUUGUUGAGUUGCUUAUGCAAGAGCAUUCUGUUAUAUUUGAAAUCUAGCUUAUACUGUUGUUGUGCAAAAAUUGUGUUUAUCUUAUUUGUGCAUGUACUUUCUUGUAAUGUGCAAUUCCUGAGCUACUAUCUAGAUGUAUUCUCGUUGCACAGUUUUGCACAUGAAGAAGGUCCUAUUAUGUGCUGUAGUUGGGCUCUCAUCCUUCCACCUUCAUCAUCCUUUACGCAAAAACAUCCCAAUGCCUGUGGUUGCAUUUAACUGUGUUAAUUAAUCUCGAGUAUUUGUCAUUUUGAAUAUGAAUAUAGGCCACUGUCAUUUUGUCAUUUGAACUGGUUAUACGUGAGUUCUAGCUGUUGCAUUGCAACACGUCAGCAGCAGUGUUAUCUGACAGCAUA